AUGUCUGAGGGUGCAGAUGAUUCCAGAGAAGUGAAUAAAGCCAUUGAAGAGGGCAUCCAGUUGGCAUUGGAUCCAAAUCUCAUAUCACUUCCUUUGAAUGGGUCGACCGCGACUUCUCAACCAGCAACAGCCACGGCGAAUUCAACGGAUGCAGAUAGUUUGAAAGAUGCAAAUGUAAAUCCAGGCGAUGCCGAUCCUUCAAAAGGCAAGCCACCAAAUGGCAAGCCUUUGUUUAAGAAUCCAUACGAAAUUUUUGGGCAGAUGCCAAUGCAACAACUGGUGCCUCUGUUACUGCAACAGCGAGGACCUGGCUUCAAAUUUGCAGAUCUAUCGGAGGAAGGGCUGAUCAAUGAAAUUGAAUCGAGUCAAGAUAAUUCAGAGCAAGCGGCUAAUGACAAUUCCACAAGCGAUUUCACAAUGAUUGCCGAGGAUGACGAAAGUUUGACAGACAACGCAAAUAAACCUCCUAUUGACGAAGAUUCGAAAUUAGAUCUCCAACAGAAGGAAGAUGCUUCUCGAGCAAAGUUUGAAAAUGAGGCGGAAGCAAUGACCCAGGAACAGUUCGUGGGAAUUCGUAAAAGCAUGAUAGAGCAUGUUGACCUUGCCCUCAACGAAUCAUCAUUAGCCCUAGAAUUUUUGUCAUUGCUGCUCUCUUCCGUCAGAGAGUCAGCUGCAACAGCUUCGAUGUCACCAUUUUUGAGAAAGACAGCUCCAGUGGGUUCAUUGAAUAGCGACAAGGUACCAUUAGUACCGCACACGCACGAGGAAAAGACAAAUGCUGAGAUUCUAAGUAGAGGUUGGAAACUGAGAAGUUUAAAUGAGUCCCGUUUGCUUCUAAAGGAAAAGUAUAUGCUCCUCAAUGAGAUAAUGACAAAAGAACAUCUUUAUUGGAGCAAUAUCGCAAGGCACAUAAGCAACAAAGACGUUAUAUUCAAAAUGAGAGACAAGAACAAUAGGACCCGUUUACUUGGAAUUAAGUAUGGUUAUGAGGACUCUGGCUCCAAUUACAGACAUGACAGAGGAGUAGCUGUUCUAAGGAACAACCCCGAACAAAAUAAAUUGGAAUUAGAGCCUUUUUCGGGAGCAGAUGCUGGUGGGUCGCUUAAUAAUGAAAGAUUCGUUCGAGUGCGAAUAUUCACCAAAAUAGCUUCUGAAGAUGAUUACAUCUUAACAGGAGAGAGUUCAGUGAGUGAAGUAUUGUUCAGUGCCGACAGUGGAAUAGACGAUUUAGAGGAUGUCAAAAACCAAAUCAAGAGACUUAAGGCAUUUGCGUUCGAGCAAGAGCUAAUGUACCAGCUAAAGAAAGAAAGCUCACUGCUGAUCUCAUAUGGUGUGACUAUUGAAAACGAGAACAAAGUAGUCAUGGAGUUACCUAAUGAGAAGUUCGAAAUGGAACUUGUUUCGCUUGAUGAUGAUUCGGUGGUUAAUCACGUUCAAGAUGCACCAAAAGUCAAUGACAAACGUGCCACAUUGACGUUAGUUACACUAAGGUUGUUGCUCAUUGCCAUGUUCAAGAAAAACUUGAAGCAAAGACUGACCUCUUUAGGCAAAGCAUCCCCGAAAGGAGCUAAGGAUAUCCUACUGCUGCGACCUCUGCUAGGUAGGCUCAGACAUCACAACUACAAGAUAUUACUAAGAAAAAUAGUGAAGGAUUACAUUUUAGAUGUAGCAGAGAACGCGACGAUGAGGGAGACAGCUGUGCGUUCCCCAAGUUUGAUUGAACAAAACGAGCUUGAUUUCAAUGUUGCCAAGCUAUCCAAAGAAAUCAACGCCUUCAGUGGACUGCUGAAUAUAUGCAAAACCAAAUUUGAAAUCAACCUGCCUGAUAAUGGAGAAUUAAGACUGGUACUGGAGAGUCCCAAUUAUUGUAAUGCGGUGGUAACCGUUACCUACGUCAAUAAAGCGAAGGAUGUAUCUUUCGAUACAAACUUUUCUGAAUUCAAAGAGAUUGAAGAAUUCUUGCACUUCAUCUUCAUAGAAUAUAUUAAAAACAAGGAUGGUGUCAAAGAGUGA